AUGGCCACCAAGCCCAGGAAGACCAGGGGCCGUCAAAAGGUCGAGCUCAAGAGGAUAGAGAAUGAGGAUGCUCGCUACGUAACCUUCUCCAAGAGAAAGCUGAGUCUCUUCAAGAAAGCUGCCGAGCUUGCCACCUUGUGCGGCGCCGAGAUAGCGCUUGUUGUGUUCUCCCCGGCAGGCCGGCCCUACUCCCUCGGCCUCCCCACCAUCGACGAGGUGUUCCGCCGAGUCCUCUCGAGUGGACCUGCCCAAGUGGGCUCCGGGAUGGCCGGCCACAGCGUGGUGAACCCCUCCGCCGAGCAGUGCUCCGAGGUAGCCAAACACUUGGAACAAGAGAGGAGCAGGAAGGCCGUUCUCGCAAAGAGGCUGCAGAUGGCGGCGCCACCCAGGUGGGAAGGUGGGCUCGAUGGACUCGGGUGGGACGAGCUCCUGGCACAGGUUAAAGAGGUGCAGGAGCUUAAGUCCAAGGUUGAUUCCAGGGUCGGCGAGGUCCUUCUCCAAGGGUCUUCAUCGUCGACGAAUCCGAUCGCCACGGUUGAUGCUUGGCCCGUCGGAGGAUCUGCGGCUCAUCCUCAGUAUCGUCCUGGGGGUUUCGUGAGGUUCGACCACGGGGGCUGGUGA